AUGGCAGACCAAAGAGGUCCGGGGAAAGGAGACGGCGCGGCCGAUACGGGGCGCACCGUCAAAUUCUCCACUCUACCAACGAGGCCCGACGACUCAAGAACCCCAUCCUCCCACAGACCAGCCGUCGACCGAGCUGUCACCCAUUCCGACCUCCUUGCUCACCAUCAAGAAGCAAACGUCAACAUUCCAGUCACCCCAGGAAUCGGCGUCGAGACCUACGACUCCGGCACCAGCGCCGACUCCACCGAAUCCGCUGGCAGCAACUAUUUUUCCUCCAAACCUGUUCGAGCUCCCGAAGAGGCCUUCGCCUCCCCCAACGCCAUCGACGACACCAUGGCCGCCCAGCCCUCGGACCCCAUGUCCGGCCAUGACAUCCUCCGCCGCAUGAGCAAGGCCAGUCGCGGCAGGCGGCAGACCCUGAGCGAGAUCAAGUCCGCCUACCCUGCCCUGUCGCUGAGCGGCAACGUCAUAUCUGCCACCUUCAACAUGCCGCACUCGUUGAGGUAUCGCAAAGGAAACGACUGGGAACUGAAAACCCGCCGGGGUCAAUCUGCCCUCUUCGAUGCUUUUGCGCACCUUUCGUCCAACGAUUCCUCAUGGAACCACACCUGCGUCGCCUGGACAGGCGAGAUCGAGGCACCGUCCGAUAUCCCUUCUCCUCCCGACACCCCUCCCAUGACAACCACGAACCUGCCAAGUCUGAACAAGCUCUCCGCCCCGGUCCCCGUCGAUGUCGGCGCCGAAAAGUCAGCGCCCGCUCCGCCCUCAAAAGAUGGGCUUUGGAUCCCCAAGGAAGACAUGGAGCGGCUCGAGUACCAGCUGUCGCAUGACAAGAAGAUCAAGACCGUGCCUCUGUGGCUCGCCGACGACACGGAUGGGCAAGAGGAUGGCAUCCUGCUUAAGGACCAGUCAAGAUGGAGGCGCUACGCAGAGCAUGAUCUCUACACGCUCUUCCACUACAAGACCCAGAUGCCGUCAGACGGGCGGAAGGAGCGCAUCCACUGGGCCGACUACUACCGCAUGAACCAGAAGUUCGCCAACAAGAUCCUCGAGCUUUACAAGCCUGGCGACGUCGUGGUGAUCCACGACUACUACCUCAUGCUUCUGCCUAGCAUGCUGAGGCAGCGGGUGCCGCACAUGUACAUCAGCUUCUUCCUGCACUGCCCUUUCCCAUCCAGCGAGUUCCUGCGCUGCCUGCCAAGACGUAAGGACAUCUUGGAGGGCAUGCUCGGCUCGAACCUGGUUGGCUUCCAGAGCUACAGCUACAGCCGACACUUCAGCUCCUGCUGUACCCGGAUUUUGUCAUACCCUUCGGAUAUAGGCGGCGUCGAGACAUAUGGCUCCCGGGUCGAGGUUGGAGUCUUCCCGAUCGGUAUUGAUGCUACCAAGGUCCAGUCCUUAGCGUUUGCCCCCGAGGUCAACGACAAGGUCAAGGCGCUCAAGAAGAUGUAUGCGGGGAAGAAGAUAAUCGUUGGCCGAGACCGGUUGGACAGCGUUAGGGGCGUGGCACAGAAGCUAAUGGCUUUCGAGCGGUUCCUCGAGCUGUACCCCGAUUGGCACGAGAAGGUGGUGCUUAUUCAGGUCACCAGCCCGACCUCGAUCGAGGAGAACGUAGAAGGAGACGAGAACAAGAUUGCCAGCCGAGUGAACGAGUUGGUCAGCAGCAUCUCUGGCACAUAUGGUCACCUCGGGUAUGAGCCUGUGCAGCACUUCCCCCAGUACCUGAGCCAGGACGAAUACUUUGCGCUGCUGCGUGCUGCGGACAUCGGAUUGAUAACCUCGGUUCGAGAUGGCAUGAACACAACCUCCCUGGAGUACAUUGUCGCCCAGCGCGAGAACAACGGACCCCUGAUCCUGUCCGAAUUCAGUGGUACCGCAGGCAGCCUCAAGGAUGCGAUUCACAUCAACCCUUGGGACCUUUCCGGUGUUGCUGACGAAAUCAACAACGCACUCACGAUGAGCGACGAAAAGCGACAAGCCAUGCAGAAAUCUCUGUACCAACACGUCACUACCAAGAACGUGCAGAGCUGGAUAGGCGCGUUCCUGGACAGACUGGUCGAUGUCCUCGGCAGCUCCAAGAACACCGUCUCUACCCCGCUUCUGGACCGGGCCCUGAUGCUUCAGUCGUACAGGGAUGCCGGCAAGCGCCUCUUCAUGUUCGACUACGACGGCACACUCACCCCCAUUGUGAAAGAGCCAUCCGCCGCCAUCCCCAGUCUCCGUGUUAUCAACACACUGAGGACACUGGCAUCGGAUCACCGCAAUGCCGUAUGGAUCAUUUCGGGUAGAGAUCAGGCCUUCUUGACCCAGCACCUGGGACACAUCGAAGAGCUUGGCUUUAGCGCCGAGCAUGGAAGCUUCAUGCGACACCCUGGCUCCAAGGAAUGGGAGAACCUGGCCGAGAAAUUCGACAUGGGCUGGCAGUCUGAGGUGAUGGAUGUGUUCCAGACAUAUACUGACAAGUGCCCUGGCUCCUUUAUUGAGCGCAAGCGGUGUGCACUCACCUGGCACUACCGGCUCGCGGACCCCGAACAAGGCCCGCACCUGGCGCACGAGUGCCAAAAGGAGCUCGAGGCGACAGUCGCGCGUAGGUGGGACGUGGAUGUGAUGCCGGGCAAGGCCAACAUCGAGGUCCGCCCUACAUUUAUCAACAAGGGCGAGAUCUCCAAGCGCCUUGUGCUACAGUACAACAACGACAUGAGCCACGUCCCCGGCAGCGCCGUCUCUACCGGCAAGCCCGGCAGUGAUAAGGUCGAGUUCGUGCUGUGCCUGGGUGAUGACUUCACGGACGAGGACAUGUUCCGCGCCCUCAACGGCCUGAGUGCGCCGCCCACAGACAAGGGCGAGGAGGCCAAGGUCAAGGCGGAGAACGUGUACACCGUCACCGUCGGUGCAAGCACAAAGGUCACCCUGGCGCGCUGGCACCUCCUGGAGCCCGAGGACGUCGUCGACUGCGUUGCACUGCUCGCCGGUGUCGGGGCACACGGUGCAGGCGCAGAGGGUGGCACGCUGAGCAUGGGAGAGGUCAACCUGGCGGCGCUGAGUACCGUCGAGGGACACGUUCCCCGCAUGGAAUAG